AUGAGCACGUUUACUUCCAGGCUGUGUCCUAUAACUGGUAAAAUGCAGUGGAUAUUACAAGAUGAAGAGUAUGAUUAUCAUCAAGAAAUAGCCAGAUCUGCGUAUGCUGAUAUGUUACACGAUACAGAAAGGAAUAAGAAGUAUUAUACUGGUGUAAAGAAAGCUAUAGAGAUGAUACAUGCUAGAGGUGAAAAAGCUAAAGUAUUAGAUAUUGGAACAGGUACUGGUUUAUUGUCUAUGAUGGCAGCUGCUUCUGGUGCGGACCAAAUUACUGCUUGUGAGGCCUUUGAACCAAUGGCUAAAUGUGCUGAAGAAAUAAUAAAGAAAAAUAAUUAUGCUGAUCAGAUUAAGUUAAUUCCAAAAAGAUCAACAGAAAUGAAAUCAGGGCCAGGUAAUGAUAUGGAAGAUAGAGCCAAUAUUUUAGUAACUGAAGUUCUUGAUACAGAGUUAAUAGGAGAAGGGGCUAUAGGAACUUAUAAUCAUGCUCAUAAACAUUUAUUAGAGAAAAAAUGUCUUGUCAUUCCCAGAGCAGCUAAUAUGUAUGUGCAAUUAGUGUCUUCAGAUUUCAUCAAGAAAUGGAAUGUUUUACAACCAAUAAAAACAAGUGAAUCUAGGGCUAUUUCCCCACCUCUAGCAUGUUGUAAAUGUAGUGGAGCUGCUUCUUUACAUGAUAUACAGUUAGAUCAACUAGAUUCUACAUUAUUUACACCCAUAUCACAACCAGUACAGGUCUUUAGGUUUGAUUUUGCUAGUAAAGAAGGAAUUCCUGAAGAUGAUAAUUCAACAGUUAUAAUUAAAUCUUUAAAUAAGGGCAGUGUUGAUGCUGUAUUGAUGUGGUGGGAUAUAGAAGUUGAUCCACAAGGGGAGGUCAUUCUCAGUUGUGCUCCUCGCUGGGCACAUCCGGAUGGUGAUAGGCUUCAGGUAAUUAUAGGUAUAUCUAUCAUCAAAUUUCUAGCUGGAUGGAGAGACCAUUGGAUGCAGGCUAUAUAUUACCCUACAGUACCUAUAACAGUUGAUGUAAAUCAAUCUGUUAAAAUAUUGAGUAGUCAUGAUGAAUAUAGUUUAUGGUUUGAAGUAGUUGACAGUCAUGAUACGACCCCAGCAGAAUUAGAAAGACCAAUCUGUGAAUGUGGUAUACAUACAUCCAUCAGUAGAACUAGAAUAGGUCAGAUUAAUGAUACACGAAGAAAUGAUGUCUUUAUCUCAGUUUUAAAACAGAAUCUAACGACCAACUCUAUAUGUUUAUGUAUAAGUGAUGGAAGUUUACUUCCCUUGAUGGCUGCUCAAUUAGGCGCAAAAAAGGUAUUUGUAAUAGAAUCGAAUCCUAUGUGUGAGAGAGUAUUAAAAUCCUAUAUAAAUUAUAAUAGACUGAAUGAUAAAAUAACAGUAUUUACUAAACCUUUAGAAGAUAUUACAGCAGAAGAUUUAUUUAAAUACAAGAUUAAUGUAGUAAUUGGUGAACCAUUCUUCAUGUCGUCUAACUUACCCUGGGAGAAUAUGUAUUUCUGGUAUGCUGUAUCUGAACUCAGACAAUUCAUGGUGCCUGAUGUAGCUAUCUUACCCUAUCAGAUGACUAUUAAAGCUGUAGGAAUGCAGUUUAAAGAUUUGUGGAAGAUUAGAGCACCUGUUGGUAAUUGUGAAGGGUUUGAUUUAGAUAUAUUUGACAACAUUAUACAGAAGUCAUCUGAAAAGUCUGAUAUUAAUGUAGAACGUCAGCCAUUAUGGGAAUAUCCAGGUUUACCUCUAACAGAUCCAGUGUCUAUAGCUCAGUUGGAUUGGUCAAAAUCAGUAUUUGAUACUAAACCUGUAUCUUCUACUACUAAACUACCAUUCAAUGUGUCUGGUGAAUUGAAUGGUAUUGCAUUAUGGGUAGAAUAUCAGUUUAGUGAUAAUAAUGUGAUAUCAAAUGGGCCGUUAUUACCAGUUGUUAGUGAAACUAAUGUUCGAUGGGACUACUAUUCUCAACAAGCUGUUCAUCUAUACAAACAACCAAUAUCCAUACAACCUGAUCAACAUGUCGAUAUUAACUUUCAUUUUAAUCCUAAAACUGGAGAAUUAGAUUUUAAAUUCCCUGCCACUGUAUCUUGAUGAUGAUUUUAUCACUUAUCUUGGCUCAAAUGAUAUUGGGGCAUAUAUACACCAUGUGAAUAAUUGAUAAAAUGCUGUUAUUAUGUACUUUAUUAUGCUAUUUCGCUCAAGCAUUAAUAUAUUUGAAUAAUUAAGUGUGCAGUAUGGCUGCUGAAACAAUGCAAAACUGAAAUGGUCAUAAAUGAUGCCUUGUAUAUG